AUUUGAGAUUUGAGAUUUGAGAGUGGUGGAUGCUGUUGGCGCUGCUUCACAAUAGAGAUCUACUGAUUUCAUCCUCUCUCAUCGGCCGAUCUUCGAUUCGUGGAGAUGGGGCUGUCUUUCACUAAACUCUUUAGUCGCCUCUUUGCAAAGAAAGAAAUGCGAAUUCUUAUGGUUGGUCUCGAUGCUGCUGGUAAAACCACAAUUCUGUACAAGCUCAAGUUGGGAGAAAUUGUUACCACUAUCCCGACCAUUGGCUUCAAUGUGGAGACUGUUGAAUACAAAAACAUCAGCUUUACUGUGUGGGAUGUUGGUGGUCAGGACAAGAUUAGACCUCUAUGGAGGCACUAUUUCCAGAACACACAGGGUCUCAUCUUUGUGGUUGAUAGCAAUGACAGAGACCGUGUAGUUGAGGCAAGGGAUGAGCUUCACAGGAUGUUAAAUGAGGAUGAAUUAAGAGAAGCUGUGCUGCUUGUUUUUGCUAACAAACAAGAUCUUCCAAAUGCAAUGAAUGCGGCUGAAAUCACCGACAAGCUUGGCCUUCAUUCUCUCAGACAGCGACACUGGUAUAUCCAGAGUACAUGUGCUACUUCUGGAGAAGGGCUAUAUGAGGGACUGGAUUGGCUUUCAAACAACAUCGCCAGCAAGGCCUAAUGCAAUGGUGUGGUAGGAUGCUUCUCGCUUUGCUAUAUCCGGAGAAAUUACAUCAUUAUCUCCUUGUUAUAUUUUUAGUUUGGAGAUUUUAAAUAUCUGUUCAGAUCACAAUUCUGGGGAAGGCCCUACCCUUCUACCCUCUCUAUGGUUUAUCAUCAAUGAGCAUGACAUAGUUCCACAUUGCUGGAUGCACAUUGGCAAUGUAAUGAUAUUUUAGUAUAGUAUCUGGUUUUGAAACUUGGCA